AGGCCCUGCACUGGCGCCCAGGCAACUAUAACCCGGGGCUUCCCCGGCCCAAUCGCAGUUGUGGCCACGCCAAGAGCGCCAGCCAACCGCGACACACGCCCAGGAGGCGGCGCGCUUGAAUGGCCACCAUGCGGCUGGAAGGCGCAGGCAGACCUCGGGGGAAGCUGCCACCCCUUCCUGCUCCUCUGCUUUGGCUGGGCUUGGGAAGUGGAGGCGGAGCUGGGCGUCGCGCUCUCGCCGUGCCCUGCUGGCUCCCCGCGUCCGGCUGCCACGCCGAGCCCCGAGCGCAGAAGCAGGCUGAUUUCUGACUUCCCUCAAAUAUGGACUUGUAACUUCCCUCAAAUAUGGAGCUUGAGAGAAUGAAUCCUGACAGGGUUGCUGAUGCAUCAGAGGAAGAAAAGAGUGAGGAUGGAAGAAAUUGUUGUGUUUGUGUCAACUGUGACAGCUUCAACUGCGACAGCUUCCAUGAAACCAUUUCCAAAUGGAUGCUUCCAGAAGAUACCAGAGGGACCUACCUUGAAAGAGCCAACUGCAUUCCACCUCCCAUUUUCAUCCUUGCAAUCAGUGUUGCUGAACUGACUACCUUCAUCUAUUAUGCUGUUUGGAAACCCCAGGAACAGUGGAUGACCCUAGAUUCCAGCAUCUGGGACAGUCCUUUUACGUACAGGCCCGACAAGAGGAAAGAAGCUUGGAGGUUCUUGUCUUACAUGCUUGUGCAUGCUGGCAUUGAGCAUAUCUUGGGAAACCUUUUCCUUCAGCUUUUUUUGGGAAUCCCCCUUGAGUUGGUUCACAAAGGACACAGAGUCGGCCUGGUGUAUAUGGCUGGAGUGAUUGCAGGUUCCUUGGCAAGCUCAGUCUGUGAUCCACACCAUGGCCUGGUAGGAGCAUCUGGAGGAGUUUAUGCUCUUAUUGGAGGAUACUUCAUGAAUGUUCUAGUGAAUUUCCGCGAAAUGAUUCCACUGUUUGGAGUUUUCAGAUUAUUAACAAUCUUCCUAAUAGUUGGGACGGAUGUAGGAUUUGCUUUGUACAGAAGAUUUUUUUCUCCUACGGGUGCACCUUCAGUUUCCUUUGUGGCUCACAUUGCAGGUGGCUUUGCUGGGAUGUCAAUAGGUUAUGUCAUAUUCAGCUCUUUUGAUCACAAUUUUAUUAAAGAUCCAAGAUUCUGGGCCUCCAUCAUUGCUUACUUGGUCUUUGUGGUGUUUGCAGUAUUCUUCAAUGUGUUUUUCUCACCUGCAAACCAGUAGGGCACAUUGCCUAACUGAACAAUACACCGACCUUCUGAAGAUCAUACAGUAUUUUUAAAUGUAUUGCAUAUUUGUAAUUAAAGGUUUUACUUUUAAAAUGUUAUUUUUAAACUGAUUUCAUUUAUCUGGAAAUGCCUUUUGUACUUUUUACAUAUUAAACAGCAAUGAUUUCUCACAA